AUGGUAGAAACACUCAAAGACCUUCACUACGGAAACUAUCUGGAAGAUUUUAUCGCUGAUCUGCCAAGAUGGCAAAUGAUCUUUUCAUCCGACGAUCAACAACAAGACCUAGAAACUUACAGAGAAGCUAUUUGGUCCAUGUGGAACGUGCGAGUUGAUAGCGUUGGGGCUCCCGACUUUGACGAGACGGUUCAGCGUUUCCACGAUCUUGCCUUUGCAUUGGCCUCCAAGGCUGACCUGAUCUACGGAGCAUCUUCUCCCAAUACAUCCGAAAUGUCUAUGCAGGAUUGUGGAGGUGAACAACGCCAAACUGCUUCCGGUAUAUGGAGCGAAGGCGCAAACUACCCCUCAGAUGAUGCAUCUUCGUUCGUGACUCAGGAUCGUACUGUCCUAGUUGAAGAUCAGCCACCCACGCCAAAGAGUUGGGGUAUACCUAGCCGUACCCUAGCCGAGGAAAUAAGGAGAGAUCCGACUAUUGUUGAACCUCUAGCAACCUUCCUCAUUGCUGGGGCAGUGUUUGCUAUCAUGAUUGUAUACCUUCAAGUUCUAGAAAAGGUGCAGAAGCUUUCAGUAUCACUUCUGGUGGCGUUCCCGAACGUCAAAACCCUAACUCAGCGGUUCCGUUUGCUGCAAACUGAGCUGGUUAAGGGCGACAACCUGGUGUUUAUCGAGGGGGUCUCAGCGGCAGCCGCGGUAGCUGGAGGCGUGGCCUCAUCAUUGUAUCUUGACGCGAGAUACCACCUCUCGAAGGAUAUCAAUUCGCUCCGAGGCCGCCGAACAGUCGUCAGCGCAAUUGAAAACGCUGUCAAGAACGACCGCGUAUCGCCCUACUACAUCUUCGAACAGGCAGUCCAAAAGCAUCCCUAUGAUGAGGCCAUCUGGACGAGAAAUGGAAGCGUCUCGUGGAAGACCACCUACGAUCGUGUCAACCAAUAUGCUCAGUUAUUCCUCUCUUAUGGCGUCAAGCCCGGACAAUUCGUCGCUUUCUUCAUGCAGAACUCUCCCGACUUUGCCUUCGCCUGGGUAGGACUACUCGCUAUCGGUGCCGCACCGGCCAUGAUCAACUACAACCUCACCGGCAAGGCUCUCCUCGGCUGCAUCGAAAUCAGUACAGCGAAGCUUGUGCUAGUGGAUGGAUCAGCAGAGGUCGCGGCGAAGUACCAAGACGUAAACACCGAGCUCGACAUGAAGGGGAUCAAGCUUAUCAACUUGGCCGAAGAGAAGCCUAGGGUCUAUCAGAUGGAUCCUGUACGGCCGCAUGACAACCUCAGGAAUGGAAUGAUGCCGGGUGACGCGAUGGCUCUUUUCUAUACCAGCGGAACUACUGGUCUGCCUAAAGCUGUGUUGUUCCCUGCGGCGGCUGCGGCAAGCUUGUCACUACAGGCAAGUACUAAUGGAACCGGCACUGCUUGCUCUUUGGAAGCUAAUUGGAUCAGAAUGAUUUGGGAUUCCAUCCGACUGCUGGUAACAGCGAACGGUGCUACAUCUGCAUGCCAUACUAUCAUGGGACCGGAGUCGGGAUCCACAGUUUGCAUGGCCCCAAAGUUCAGUGUCUCGACAUUCUGGGACGACAUUCGCGACUCGAACGCGACCUGGUUCGUCUACGUCGGCGAGACGCUACGAUACCUCCUUGCCGCGCCGCCUUCCCCACGUGAUAAAGAGCACAACAUUCAUGCUGUCUUCGGAAAUGGCUGUCGUCCAGAUGUCUGGAGGCGAUUCCAAGAACGAUUUGGUGUCGACACUGUUUGCGAGUUCUACAACAGUACCGAGGGUGCCCUGGGGCUGCGCAACCUUUCGCGAGGCGAUUUCUUUGCCAACGCUGUUGGCCACCACGGCUUGCUACUUCGGCUAAAGUACAGAAACAUGUAUGUUCCUGUCGCCAUCGAUACAGAGACUGGUGAAGUCCAAAGAGAUCCUAAGACGGGGUUGGCAAUCCGGAUGUCGUAUGAGACGGGCGGAGAGAUAUUGGUAGAGCAUCCGGGUGAAAGGGCGUUUCCAGGUUACUUCAACAACCCCGAUGCAACGGACAAGAAGUAUGCGAGGGAUGUCUUGAAGAAGGGAGACAUCUUCUACCGUACUGGUGAUUCUCUCAGACGGGAUGCUGAUGGCAGAUGGUUCUUCUUGGAUCGACUCGGGGACACCUACCGGUGGAAGGGUGAGAACGUGUCUACAGCUGAAGUGUCGGAAGUGCUCGGGGAAUACCCCGGUGUGAAUGAAGCAGUUGUUUAUGGCGUUUCCCUCCCUGGCCACGAUGGAAAGGCUGGCGCGGCAGCUUUGGAUAUCGCUCCAGACAAGAAGGCGUCCUUCGACUUCGCUGACUUCCUGAGGUACUCGCGAUCCCGGUUGCCACGAUAUGCCGUGCCCAUUUUCGUUAGGCUGUUGAAUGCAAGCCAAGCCAGCCACAACAACAAGCAGAACAAGGUGCCAUUGAAAAACCAAGGCGUUGACCCGAGCAAAAUCGAGGGUGGAGAUCAGCUUUUAUGGAUUGAGAAGCACGGCAAGGGCAACACCUACGUUCCAUUCACGCAGGACGACUGGGACAACCUCGGGCAGGGCCGAGCGAAGCUUUAG